AUGUCCGCUUUGCCCAACGGUUCCAUCCCAGCCGACUUAGAGAAGUCGAUGCUGGAGAUCAUGCACGAUGUCGGUCUCAGCACGCUGAGCAAGAACACUUUGCGCCGGCGUCUCGAGGCCAAGUACAAGAUGGACUUUACGCCUCUCACUGCAGAGGUGGACCGGUUAGUGGGCAAGCUGAUGACCACCCCUGAGAUUCAGCGGGAGCUGGCCAAGAUUCAGAAGGAGAAGGAGGACGCCAGCGCCCGCCGCUUGAAGCGUGAGCGCAGCCCCAGCAGAGCCAAGAAAUCCAAGAAAGACAAGGAAAGUGCGCGCGGGAAGAAGGAGAAAAAACCGGACGAUUACCCGAAAGGUGCCCUCUCUCCGUACAUCAUCUUCGUGAACGAGAAUCGUGAGAAGUUAAAGGCGAAGCACCCUGAUAUGAAGAACACCGAUCUCCUCUCAGAGAUGGGCAACUUGUGGAAAAAAGUUUCCGAGGAGGAGAAGAGCCGCUAUCAGAAGCUCGCAGAUGAGGACAAGCUGCGUUACGAUCGCGAGAUGGCGGCUUACAUCGCUCGUGGCGGUGCUGUCUUCAAGCGCGGCGGCAAGAAGGCCAAGAAGGAGAAGGACCCGAAAGCACCGAAACGUGCUCUGACCGCGUACUUCUUCUUUGCCAGCGACUACCGCGCCAAGCACGCCAACAUCCCCGCGAAGCAGCAGAUGAGCGAGGCCGGCGCGGCGUGGGGUAAGAUGUCCGCAGAGGAGAAGAAGCCGUACGAGGAGCUGGCUGCCAAAGACAAGAAGCGGUACGAGGCGGAAUGCUCAGGUCGCGGCUCAAAGCCGUCUCAGCCGAAGGCUGCCGACUCUGCGUCGUCGUCUUCGGCAGACUCGAGCAGCAGCGACUCGGAUGAGAGCGACUAG